AUGACUGUCAGCAUUGACUACUUCGGGUCCCCUCAUAUCUUCGGCCUUGUGAUCACACACUGUGACUUCGACACCCAGAACACUCUACGCUUGCUCUCCUCCGACGCCAAAGCGGCUGUUGACCGGGUCCAGUGUCGCCACUUAUCCGCUUACUUUAUCGAGGGGCGCUGGUCAUUGAUCCGAAGUUGGUGGGAUCUUCCCGACGGCGAUUGUCGUGGAGCUUCAGCGCCUCCUCUCCUGACGUCAUGGAACGGCAUACUACCGACAUCUGCGUCGCUCGACAAAGCACUCGCUUUUGCACUGGACAACACGUGCUACAUCCGCAUCGACGACGAUAAGAUCUUGCAAAUGUAUCGCGAGGCAAACAUGAGAGCGAAAGGCCUGGGCAGUGGUAGAGUGUUUGGCCCACCGCACUUCCUCAAGCGUCUCCAGCCCGACUCCGUCCUGGCAUUGUCCCACUCCAUGUCGACGGAAACUUCCUCUCCCCGGUUCUUUCCCCAUUCUCCACGCGAACCAUACUACUCGAAGCCGUUCAUUCGUCUGCCUCCGGUCAAGGAAGUACAUGUCAAGUACGUGCAUGCUCAUCUGGAAUGCCCCUGCGAUCCGCCAAAACGCAUACUGCACUCCGCCCAGAAACUUCGAAUGUCGGUCACAGAGGACGCAGGUCCGAUGGCGUUUUGCGGCUAUGUUCGCAACCUGUUCACACCGACUGUGAAGCGGCUCGAACUUCUCGUCAGCCAUCUGUCAACCGCAGUGACCCUUCUCGAGCACAUAGUUUCGGAGACACGCCACCGUGAUCUACACGUGCUCGUUAUAUGCCGAAACUCCAAUGCUCAGGAGGCUCUUGAGCAGUUAGCAGUCGAGUGGACUGAGAGACUGGGCUGUGAGGUCACCGCUCAGUGGUAUGAGGGUUCGCGAUACGAAGGGAGUUGGUUCUGA